AUGGAAGGAGUAAACUCAUUCCCCCUCAGUGUGGUACCACAUCAGACAGAAUCCAGUGAAUCUCAAGGAGACGCGAUGAAGUGCAUAACAACGCCGUCUUCAACAAGACAACCAAUUGGGCAUUUUGUGGGUGAUGUCACUGCGAUAGAGCGGGGCACAGAGAAAAGGACUGAAAAUCCACAUAAAAAUGGAUCUCAGUACCGCCUCCUGAGGAGCCUUCAGAAACGUUUCAAUAAGGACGAGAUUGCAAAUGCCGAUGAAACUGUCCCUGAAGUUGUUCAGUCGCGCUCUGCUUUCUUUCCUGCCGAAAUGCCAGAAACACACGAGUACCCAGCAGAAUCUGAGAGUCUAGAUUGCAGGAAAACGCGUCCGCUUCAGCCAUACUCGGCCCUGAAGUGUCAGGAUGAAAACAACAGUUCGACCGCCGCUGAGGGGUGGAGAAUCAAAAUCAGAAGAAAAACGGAAAACGGAAAGAGUAGGAAAGAAACCUGCUGGAAGCAUAGGCCACUCCGGAAGAUUCUGCGGGUUAUGCUGCCGGUACCAUUGAGAUUUGAGGAUCCACGCGAUGAAGAAAAAUUCGCUUCAACAAUUCAGCACCAGCUGCAAAGGAACAUCUGGUGGACUGUGAGCAUCCCCGUCUGCUCGCUGGUUCUGGAGUUCGUAAUGACUCGCGUCUCCACACCCCAGUUUGCGCCACUUUUGCAUACUCCACAUCUCCUCUAUACUGUGGGAACGUUCACUCUUGUCAUGGUUUUCACUCUUCUCUUUAUUCUGUCUCACGUUUCUGCCUUUAUCCCUCUUCUCGAAAGCUGCCUCUGCAUCAGUGGAUGCCUGUACACCUUACUUCUCCCUCUUCUCUGCGACCACUAUCGUGUCGCAGCACUCUUAGGCCUCUCACCUCAAGAGACAUGGGGACGAGACAGCUUCUCUGAUGGCCCCGUUCUUAUGGCUUUGACGGCGCUCCUCUUCUCCGUUGCGAUCUUCAUACCAGUCCGUGACAUAUGCCUGUGGCCAGUGUGCCUAGUGGCUGUCGCUUCUUUCCAAGCUGCGACACUUCUCACGGGUGGCGCAGACGGCCUUCGUCCUAGUAUAAUCAACGGCCUUCUUCUUAUGCUCCUCGCCUAUCUCGCGCUCGCUGGGCGUCGUGCACUGGAGCUUCAGCUUCGCCUUCAAUGCCAGGGCAUGAUCCAGGCGCAGGCAUCAGUGGAAGCCCUUCGAGCCCGACUAGCGACCGCGGCUUCGCUGCCUCCACCACCUACGCCACCCACAGCCUUGGAAUCCGUGAUGAACUCCCUAGAGGAUUCGUUGCAACGGAUGGCCAACGUCAAAACCGCUCUCUCCUCUGUGAAAUCUCAAAUUGUUCCCGGUCUCCUUUCAUCAGCCAAUGUCCAACAUUACUCUAGUGUCUCCGCCCAAGCCUCGAAAAGGAAAGGUACCCACCUGGAGAGGCUCUGGUGGCGGAUCGAACGGCCAUCCACCGCGGUUCGAGAGCAGAGCGAGACGAGCGACAGAGACGGGGUCACCGCUGCGAUAUCUCGAUUCCUUCCGUCCAUUCUUUCUUCACAACGAAAGGCGGGCAGCGCCCCAGAGGGCACACAGAGAAAGAGAGGCGGCGACGGGGCAGAAGGAGUGAACCGACCAGCAAAGCAAGACAAUGGCGAAGACGGAAGACGUGAAGCAGAAGGCAGCCGCGUGUCCGGUCUAUGGGGAGUGUGGAUGUGCACCGAAGUGGACCAGGUUAUGCAAGACGUGCAGGAGGUGAAACGCCAGUUAGGAGAUCUCGGCGGUCUGCUCAAAGUCGACAUCAGCGCUGUUUUACGGGCCUCUCUCCCCGAAGAGUCGUGUUCGCCAUCGUGUGCCUCCUCGCCUCCUACCUCUCCGGUAGCAGACGGUGGCCCAGCUCUCCUCAGUUCAGCAACAGCUUCAAAUAGGCGCCCCAUAUUCCUACGUGAUGAAAUGACCACAUUCGCAUGCAAGCAGAACUCUUCUGCGUCGCCCAAUUUUUCUUCCCGCCCUGAAGCGUCAUCGCGUUUCAAUCCCCCGCUGACCCUGUCUGCGCGAGGGAGCUCCGUCUCUGGCUCCGCAGCCGGUCCUGCGACUUCGCAGAGUGCCGACUGCAACGCUCGUUUUGUCGCUGCCUCCUCGGCUGUUCCCGUCCAGUCCGUUUCCGUCUUCGUGCCUGCCAGACAGAAACGUGAGAGGGGAAGGAAUGCGUCCUCGUCAGCCUUUCGUCUCUUUCUUGGGUCGGAGUUGUCAGGCCAUGGACACGCGUCCUUCCAGCCUUCUGCGUCGUCGUUCAGGGCGGCGCUUGACGGCCGACACACUCGCAGCAUCUCCCCACGGGGAACGGAUGUAAACGUGCUCGUGGAUGCCUACGCGACCCUGAGGAAGAAGAAGAAACGGCAGACAUCCAAGACGGACUGGACGAAUGUAAAGACCGCACUCGGCAUGCAACCCUGGCGUAUGGAGGAUCUCCAUGAGCCUGCUUCGCUCUUCUCAUCAAUCGUGCAAGGUGACAGAGAAGGCACCGCCGGGUCCUGGUCUCCCAGCGGGCAAACGAGAACCGCCGCUGGGGGGGAACUCCAAGCGACGAAGAGCGAGGAGACCCAGAAGGAAAGGAUGGACCGCGGAGAGACGUGGGGAGUCGGAGAGAGGGUGACAGAUCAGGAAGACAGAGGCAGAGAGAGCAACAGAGGCGAAGGCCGGACUCGAAGGAGAACGAAAGAGUGUCCACCAGAUGCAAAGAAGAGAGUGAACGCAGAUGACGGAAGCUCGAAAGAUGGCACGUCUGAUACAGAGGUGCAGGACGAGAGCGGCUCCGAGCGGGACAGUCGAAACACAUCAGACGAAAAUGGGAGAAAACUGAAGAGACGAAACUCAACCGCUUCGCAACUUCUUGAGUCCACCGAAGCGGCGUUGAGCUGCCCCAUUCUCCUCGGCCGGGGUGUCACUUCCGCCUCAGAGUCCUCUUCCCCGCCUAACGGCUUGUCUACAGUCCCACAGCAGAGCUCACCCGCCCCCCGUGCACAUCGUGCGUGGACAGUGACACAGGAGGUACGAAAGGACCCUGGAGAUGAAGGGAUGCAACUCGAUGCUCUGGCUCCGAUGUACUUUUACAUUGGGGACGAAGAAGACGACGGAACAGGGAGCAGCUACCGCUCUUUACUUUUGUUAGGAGAGCCGCAGCACCAGGAUGUCUUGCAUUUGCCAGGCAAACAAGUUGCCAGCGCCUCUCGGCCUUCUCGAGGUGUCUCUUCCCCAGAUGGGAUAGAGAGCUCGGCAAGGUCAGGCAACGAGCGAGACAAAGCGAGUCAAGACGCGCGGGUUGCACACAAGUCUCCCGCUCCUUGUGGACUCGGCGCUGAGACGAUGACGUCUUCCUUUGGCCUUUCUUGUCGCCCCUUCCGUUCCUCGUCAGCUCGACUGGGUGGGCCAGGCAGAUGCGGAUCACGUGCGAAUGAAGGGCAGAGAGGACGACAACAGCGCCACCGAGGAAGGGGAAAUGAGAGACACCGAAAGAAGAACGAGGGGAAACUUCGACACUCUCCUGUCAAUCCUGCACCAUCCCUUGAUGCACAAAUGUCCUCUGCGUUUGUGAGCUAUUUUCCGCUCCAGCAUCUGGCGAACCAAUGCGCUCGCGCUCGUUACGCGUCAAAACGAGAGCACCCAUAUCGCCACAAACUGCCAAACAUGUGGGCAACCGACCCCCCAGCUUCAGGUGCUUGCCUCGCCUCACACUUUGCUUCAUGCGACGGUGGAGAGACGGCGAGCGGAGCAACAGACACCACCAACACAGCCAGUGAGGAAGUAGCUAGCGAGGCGACAGAUAGCGAGGAGACAGCCAGCGAUGGGGGGGGUCGAGAGAAAUCUCGUAAGACAGUGGACACGGAGGAGAGGAAGGCGGAGGCCAGAGACCGAGGGACGGCAGCACGGAGAGCCGCAGAUGAAGCGACAGAGGAGCAAGAAGACUGGGGCAGCCCAGAGAUGUCAACACUCUUUCAGAAGAGCUACGUGGCGUCGCAGGAGACAGCAGUACAAAUCGAGCGACUGAAAGAACGGAUCGGCGUUUGUUGGUCUCUGGACCUCGUCCAGCUCCAUGCAUGCACAGGAGGAAGAGCCUUGCAGACGGUUGGGGAAUCCCUCCUUUGUCUCUCGCCGUCUAUUUCAUCCUUCUUCCGACUGUCUGUCCCCACCCCGCACGCGAAGACCGCUCACCGUCGGCCCUCUCUAAGUGCCUUCUGUCCUUCUCCGUUCCAUUCUGCGUCUGUCUCUCCGCUUCUCUGCUCUUUCCUCGAGACGCUGUCGCUGAGUUACCACGCCACGGUCCCCUAUCACAACUCUGUGCAUGGCGCAGACGUCGCCCACAUGCUCAGGUGUCUCCUGCGAAUCCCUAGCCCUAGGACGAGACGGUCCUCGGCUCUCUCAUCUUCGCUCUCGAUUGCUUCUCUUCCAUCUUCGCCUCUACCAGCUGAACGUCAUUCAAGCAGCAGUUCGCUAGCAUUCGGUGGUGAAGGCACACAAGGGGAGUCAUCGCGGACACAGGAACGCCAGCGUCAACUCUUCGCUGGACACACACACAUCAGCGCAAAUAGUGAAGAAGGUUCCGGGACGCUCUGGGGUCUCUUGUCUUCCACACAGAAGGCCGCGUCCAUGAUCGCCGCUCUUGCACACGACGUAGGACACCCAGGAACAACAAACGCUUUCGAGAUGAAUCGAAGAAGCCUUCUCGCUCUGACAUACAAUGACAACUCUGUGCUGGAGCAGUUCCAUUCUUCAGUCGCAUUUUUUCUUCUGCACCAUCACCAUCUCCUCCUUCCGAGCUCGCCACACUGCUCGACGCUUGAGAGAACGAGGAAGCGAAGGUCGGCCAACCAUGAAGCGGCAGCGCCGAGUCGCAAGAACGAAGCAGGAACUCAAAUAUCCAGUCGCGAAGCCUCAGAGGCAGGUAAUCUUGAGUUGGUCGGCGAAGACGCAGCAGAACAAGAACGGGGUGAAUCUGUAUGCGCCGAAUCGCUUUGUGACCGCAUCGAAAGAGAAGAGUAUUAUCGAAACUUCCGCAAAGAAGUCAUCGAGCUCAUUGUCCACACCGACAUGACAAAGCAUUUCUCUCUCCUGGCUCUCUUCAAGGUCAAGCGACAGACUGGUGGACUUGACAUCGUGAACAACGAAGAAGAUCGUUCGAUGCUGCUGAAGAUGCUGUUGAAGGCGGCAGACAUUGGUCACGCGACCAAGGCAUUCGACUUUCACUUCUUCCUCUCUUGUUGCCUUAUUGAAGAGUUUCACAGGCAAGGUGACGAAGAAAAAAAACGCGGAAUGGUCAUCUCGCCACUAUGCGAUCGGCAGCAAGAACUGCGACAAAUCUUCUCCUCGCAAGCCGGCUUCCUUCAGGUAGUGUGUUUGGACUUUUUUUCUGAGCUGGCCGACGUUGCUCGCGACCUCGAGCACGCCCAGACGCUUCAGCUUCAGAGUGCGAGCGCCGGUCCUGAGGGGGCAUCGGGUCCACGGCCGGCCUCUUCCGGCUCUCGUUCGCAUCAGCGUCGGGACUGCGCGGCCUCACGAGCGUCAGGUGAAGAAGGCAGAAACUUCGAAGCAUCCAAAGACCGUCAACUGGUGUCGCGUUCCUUCUCGUCUUCCGCAUCUGUUCCUCGUCUGUCUUCUAGGAAAGGCUUCCGUCGGUGUCUUUCAACUGCUGAGCAGCCUCAGCCGCCGCUGCCCUCACUGACUCCUUCCUCCCCGUGUCGAUUCGCCCUGUCCUCUUCUGCAGCGUACGCUUCUGGUUCCUUGCCCUCUCUCCUGCUGUCGGGAGCACAGAGUGAGGACGCCGGAAACCGGCGAGCACCACCUCGCCUGCAUCCCUUCCGUCCCCUCUCUGGCCGAGGCAAAACCGAGCCCUCUUCGACUGCUUUGGUCCGUGAGGCUCUUCCCCCGCAGGCGGCCUCUGCCGCCGCAGCUGUCUCCUGUGUCUGCCACCAGGCCUCUGUCACUGGAACAUCGGUCUUCAAGAGGCCGUGUGUUGGCGACAUCGGCAGCCCCCCUGGGCUCCAAAGACGCCUGCCAGCCGAGGAGACGAAAGCCGCUGCGGCGGACUCUGCAACGGGGAUCGACCCUGCGUCCGCCGGCGAGAAGCGAAGAGUCUUUUCCUCUGGGGUCAGCCACCCUUUCGCUUUGCCGCAUGGCGGUCCCGAAUCCCGUGGAAGCGAGAAAAGCGGCAAUGCAUGCAUGCGGAGUUUAUCAUCCUUUUUCAGGGGCCCAAAGGCGAGGAAAGAAGACACUGACGACGACGCUCGAGCACGACAAAAAAGAAGUCAGACCUUGCCGUCGUCUCUUUCCUUGGUCUCCGCCUCGCGUUGUAAUGGCGCGCAAGCAUUUGCCAACAGACUGCCAGUCCGACAUUGUCUAGACGCCGAAGAACCAGGUGGAGGCAGAGGAGGACAAGACGCGCCAACUGGUCACCGUCGGAUACUCAGCAGAGGCGGCAGCCUGCCUCCGAACUAUAGAUCCAGCGAGGGCGACCAAGGAGGACCUAAAUCUCAGGGUGACUCAGCAGGCACCAUUGGUGCUCUCAGAGCAGAACCGACACGAACGGGAGAGACGAGCGACGGCAAACUACGAGGAACUGAGGCCGCGACAGGCGCGAAGAACAGAAAUGCGUGGAGUUGCCCGUGCGAAACGGAGGAAUCAGCGGCCACAGAAGGAAGGGAAUCGAAGGACCGAGAAGCGGAAGCAGAAGUCGAGGAGGAAGAGCGGCUGUGUCAGGGGGACUUCUGUGAAUUUUGUAGAAACAACUCUUGGUCCAUCUCAAGAGCAGCGUCUCAGCAUAUCGCUUCCUCCACUGCCUCUGCUCAUUCCUCGUCUCUGCUGGAGGCCUGUGUGACACAGAUUCAGAGAAACAAACAUGCAUGGGAGGCCAUGGCCGAGGAACAGCGCGAGCCCCCAAGGCUCCUCCCAGCAGACCUUCUAUUUGGGCCAUUUCCCCGAGAUGGUGUUGGAGGACUCGUCCGGAGGCACCUCAAACGAUGGUCAACGAUCUCACCCUCCUGA